GAUAAAAGAUAUGGAACUUCUUGCCAUAGACCAUAAUUGGUUCAUAUGUGUCUGCUUGGAAUUUCGAAGCAGAUCGUAUGCUUAAAAAUAUGGAUCAGUUAUUAGAGUCUAAAAUAGAAUGAUAUGGUAAUAAGUAAUAAUAGCGUAGGUAUACAAUUUCUUAUUUUAUUAUUACAUGUAUUAUUUAUUAUUACUUUGGAUUCUUCGGAUGUGUCUACUUCUUAGGCACUGUAAUCAACAGCGUAGGUACUUGGAAAACAUUAAUUAUAUGAAGCAUUAUGGCUUGAGCCUAAAAGAAAUACAACCUGGAAAUAAGAGAAUGUAGACAUUCGAACAGUUGGAAUGCUUCACACAGAUUAUCGAAUUAUCUCCUCUUUAAAUUAUAAAGACAUUAAGACCAUCAUGAAAUCCAUAAAAAUCCCUCGAUUGCCACAUAGAUAUACUGUGUGUAUUCUAUUGGCAUGGGUACCAAAAAUUAUGGUUGAGAUUAUAGAUUUGUAAUUAAAGAAUUGGGAACAUCAUAAAAAGAAUGUGACCUCUGACCAAGUCCACCAGAAAAUACUUAAUUUCAUAUUCAAGAUUGGCCUGGUCACUACAACAUUGGCAACUGCUUCAAUUGCAUUAUGAAUUAUUAUUAUGAUAAUAUUCUUAAUUACAAGUGUUUUCGCAUCACAUAUUAUCCCAUCACAUAAAAACCAAAAACCUUCGCUUUUGAGUUGGCCUAUCAAUAAGGGUCCUUAACACUUGAUUUGAAUUCUUAACUGUUCUUUAUGAAACUUAAAGGAGAGGAAGUCAAAUGCAAUUCCUCUCCAUUUGGAGAUGAGAUCGAAUGUUCCUCAUGCACUCCAAAUUGUGUCAUUGGAGAUGGUAAUUUGAUGCAUAGUGAUGUCAUCUUCAACAACGUGUUGUAAGAAGAACAAACAGAACAGAUGUCAUAAGCUUCCAUGGAUUAAGAGGAAAUAUUAGGUUGGGCUAAUAGAGAGGAUGUAGUUUAAAAAGUUCCGUAGAAUCCAUUUCUUUCCAUUAUUUUUCAUGUCUGUUUUGGUUAUGAUAAAGAAUUCAUUUCAAACGAAUUCAAAAUCCAUUCAAAUAUCAAAUAAAUUACAAAUCAAAUUCCUCCUCUAAAUAUUAUCUAGAUCUCAAACUAAAAUACAAAAUCAACCAAUUGUUAAUCUAAAUGAAAAAGCUACAUAUGUCGAUAGCAGAGAUCCAUACAUUUUAUUGCCUGAUGAAAAUUAUUAAUAAAUCAUCACAUAUUUUUCCAAAUUUCUGGUUGUUGAAGAAUCUCAUUCUCUCUUCUUGAAGAAUCAAUCUCUAAAAUUACACGAUAUUGAAUUUAUAUUGAUUUUGAUGAUGAAAAAUCAUUAUAGAACCUGA